AUGGAAUUUUAUACACAUUUCAGUGUCGAUAGAGAAUUAUUGGAAAUAUAUAUCUAUAUUUUAAAAGUUUUAUUAGCAUGUAAAAUGUUUAAUUUCGUUGUACCAAUAAAAACUUUUUUUUAUAGAGUUAUUUGUUGUACAGCAUUAACAUUAGCAAGUCCAACCAUUUCAUCAGUAUUAUUAAAUCAAUUACCAAAAUAUCUUCAUCCAUCUCAUCAAUAUGUACUACCAUUUGUUUUAUCAUUAAGUUUGCUAUUAAAUUCAAUACUUUAUUAUUAUAAAAGAAUAAAUAAAAUCCCUCAAAAUCAAUUAUUAGAUGAAAAUCAUUUAUUUAUAAAGUUAUUAAUAACCAUUGCUAUUUUAGAUACUUUCUUCAAUAUUUUGUGUAAUAAUAGGAAUGGAUGA